AUGGAUUCUCGUAACCACCAUCCUCAGGCGGCGGUUUGGAGUCUCUACCGACCGUCCUCUACCAAGGUGGAGUCCGCUAUUGUAGCCAAUCCAUACAAGCCCGGAGCCGAUGACCAGGAAACCGUUCUUGAAAAGGAUCAUCGCCGUCCUGUUGAUCGCGGAGACUUUGCCGAUGGUGGCAAGUUUCGAUCUGUUGUCAAAAUCUUAGCCGCAUUCAACAAUGGUAGCGGUGGAACAGAAUGGAUGAUGGGCUCCGGCUGGCUCAUCAGUCCUGAAACUGUUGUCACUGCAGGACACGUUGUCUACGAUUGGAAAUUUGGCUACCAGCGUGCGAAGGAGAUCAAAUGCUUCAUCGGGUAUGCUGGACGUGCUUCGGUUGAUAGCGAGAAGCACGAUGUUCAGGCUCGUCUGGGUGAGCGAGUGAUCACUACCUUGGAGUGGGUUCAGUCGGGCCCACGAAUUAGGACGCAUGAUGUUGCAUUCAUCAAGCUCGACCGUCCGUUCGAGGGUGAUCUCAAUAUGUUCCCUGUCCAAGACCCGACUCCUGUUUCUGACGAAGUCAGACUCGGCGUUGUAGGAUAUCCUGGAGACAAAGAGCUCCCCGGGUCAAGGGGUGAAGAUGGUGAAGGGGGUGCCUUGAUGUAUCAAGAGUUCGCUCGUACCGAGUACGAUCUCCAAGACAGCACUCUGCAUAUGAUCGAAUAUCGAGUCUCAACCUAUGGAGGCCAAUCUGGAGGACCGGUUCUGAAAGUCGUCGAGGGCGGUUCAAUGUACAUUGCAAUCGGCACUCAUUGCUAUGGUUUUGGACCAGGCACGCAAAAUUCCGGAAACUCUAUAGGAGGUCGCUACGGAGUCGACUACGAUAACUUUAUCGUUCUCUUCCAAUCUCCCUCAUUCCCUCAUGCGCAUCAGGGCAUCAAGAUCGUCCGGGAAUACGACAGGAAUGGAAAUACGGAGAGAACCGAAUCUGAGGAAGUGGGCGAGCGCUUCGAUGACAAUGGCAACAACAAGACGCGAGCCAACGGCAAUGGACACACCUAUCUCAAGGGACACAAGGAGUUGAACGGGCAUAUCGACAAGGACAGACGCAACGGACACGUCGAGCGCAAAGGACACGGUGACUCCUCUACCUUUGGAGAUGAAGAAGGCUUCUUCAAAGUCCUUGCCAAGAUUGCUGGGCCAGUUGUCUCCACUGUUGGUCCCUUCUUUGGACCUGCUGGAGCAGUAGCUGGCAUUGUCGCUGGGACUGCUCUCUCAGCAAUUGGAGGAUCCGAGAGUGCAAUCAUCCGAGGAACUGGAGAUCUAUCUCGCGACGUCGACGAAAUUCUCAAAGCAGGUGCUGCCGAAAGAGCCAUACUCGCAGAGGCCUCGUUUCAAGUUCUCCUCAAGCUUGAAGAAACUCCUCAAAGCCGCCAACUUCUCGCCACUAUCGCUCACAAAGACGACGCAUUCAAGCCCAAUUUGAAUGAAAUUGCCAGGAUCACCAAGCCCUAUCUCACCGAGAGCGCCCUUUACUUCGCAUCUGAUGAGAUAUCGAGGCUUCAGCGGGAGAAGGAGGCCGGGCCUCAAGAGACGGCCAGGGUCCCUCUUCACCGCCAAAAGCUUCACCUUGAUCACUCACGUUCGUACUCGCGAGAGGAUGAGGAGUCAGCUUUCUUCAGGGAUCUCAUGAAGCCUACGUAUCCAGUCACUGGAGAAGAAGGUCUUCUCACCUCCCUUGGACCAGUCCUCGUCAAAGGCUUUCAGUUUGCCAAGCCUAUUCUCAAAACUUUCGCAGUUGAUGCGAUCCAUAGCGUUGUCAAGAGCCUCAGCGGGGGCUCAGAGAGUAUCAUCGAAGACCUGAAUGCCGACUCGAGGGAUACCAAUGUUCGUCUGGUCUACAGACGUGCCAUCGCUGCUGAGGCUACUCUCGAAACGCUUAUGGCACUGCCGAAGAAAGACUUGGAUAGUCUUCGCAUCGUUAAGUCUGAAGGCAAUGAGGAGGGACUUUUUGAUGCGAUUAAGGAUAGCGUUCAGAGAAUGGCGCCCACUGUUAUCGACAUUGCAAAGACAGCCGCCCGCGAAGCCCUCUCCCAGCUCGCUAAGGCGGCUGUCAACAAGCUCGAUGGCUCGCUCAAGUCAAGUAGUUCUCAGGAGGCUCAGCAAGAUACUGGCCGCAACGACCGCUUGUCCAAGCAACGUCAUAUGGUCAGACCUCAGAAGUCGAUCUUGGAUAUCAUUGGUGACUUUGAAGAGUCCAACACGCCCGCAAAGGUGAGGAACAAUCCUGUCAACUAUGAGAGUGAAGACGAGCGUACUUGGCAGGCCACCAUUGAGGCAACCUUGACAUCCCGGGAGAGCACAUGGGUGCGCUCACCCGAAGGACGAAAGUCCUGGGAUUCAAACUCGGAUGGCCUGUACCCAAUGAACGAAGCAUAUUUAUGA